CUUGAUAUUGAAGGUCCUGAAGGAAAAUGGAAAGGCCCCAAAUUUAAGAUGCCUGAAAUGCACAUCAAGGCACCUAAAAUCUCCAUGCCUGACGUUGACUUUAAUUUGAAAGGCCCUAAAGUGAAGGGGGAUGUGGAUGUUUCUGUACCAAAGAUAGAAGGGGAUUUGAAAGGCCCUGAGGUUGAUAUCAGAGGCCCUAAACUGGAUGUUCAUGUUCCUGAGGUUGACCUGCAGGGACCAGAGGGAAGAUGGAAAGGUCCUAAAUUUAAGAUGCCUGAGAUGCACAUCAAGGCACCUAAAAUCUCCAUGCCAGACAUUGACUUGAAUUUGAAAGGCCCUAAAGUGAAGGGAGAUGUGGAUGUUCCUGUUCCAAAGAUUGAGGGUGAUUUGAAAGGUCCUGAAGUUGAUCUUAAAGGCCCCACAGUUGACAUUGACGCACCAGAUAUGGAUCUUCAUGGCCCAGAAGGUAAAUUUAAAAUGCCUAAGUUCAAAAUGCCCAAGUUUGGAAUGUCUGGGUUCAAAGGAGAGGGACCAGACGUGGAUGUAAGCCUUCCAAAAGGGGAGAUUGAUCUCUCAGGUCCAAAAGUAGACAUUGAUGCUCCUGAUUUGGAUAUUGAAGGGCCAGAAGGACACCUGAAAGGUCCCAGAUUUAAGAUGCCUGAAAUGCACAUCAAGGCACCUAAAAUCUCCAUGCCAGAUGUCGAUUUGAAUUUGAAAGGCCCUAAAGUGAAGGGGGAUGUGGAUGUGUCUGUUCCAAAUAUUGAGGGUGAUUUGAAAGGUCCUGAGUUUGAUAUAAAAGGCCCCAAAGUUGACAUUGCUGCACCAGAUGUGGAUCUUCAUGGCCCAGAAGGUAAACUUAAAAUGCCUAAAUUCAAAAUGCCCAAAUUCAGCAUGCCUGGGUUCAAAGGAGAGGGACCAGAGGUGGAUGUGAAGCUUCCAAAAGGGGAGAUGGAUAUUUCUGGUCCCAAGAUAGACACUGAUGCUCCGGAGUUGGAUAUUGAAGGUCCUGAAGGAAGGCUGAAAGGACCCAAAUUUAAAAUGCCUGAAAUGCACAUCAAGGCACCAAAAAUCUCCAUGCCGGACAUUGACUUAAACUUAAAAGGUCCCAAAAUGAAAGGAGAUGUAGAUGUUUCCCUUCCAAAGCUAGAAAGUGAUUUGAAGGGCCCUGAAUUUCAUCUCCAAGGCCCCAAAGUUGACAUUGAUGCACCAGAUAUGGAUAUUCAUGGCCCAGAGGGUAAAUUCAAAAUGCCUAAAUUUAAAAUGCCCAAGUUUGGAAUGCCUGGGUUCAAAGGGGAGGGACCAGAUGUGGAUGUAAGCCUUCCGAAAGGGGAGAUUGAUCUCUCAGGUCCAAAAGUAGACAUUGAUGCUCCUGAUUUGGAAAUUGAAGGUCCAGAUGGGAAAUGGAAAGGUCCUAAAUUUAAGAUGCCUGAAAUGCACAUAAAGGCACCUAAAAUCUCCAUGCCAGAUGUCGAUUUACACUUGAAAAGCCCUAAUGUGAAGGGAGAUGUGGAUGUGUCAGUUCCAAAAAUUGAGGGUGAUUUGAAGGGGCCUGAGUUUGACAUCAAAGGCCCUAAAAUUGACCUUGAUGCACCAGAUGUGGAUCUUCAUGGCCCAGAGGGUAAACUCAAAAUGCCUAAAUUCAAAAUGCCUAAAUUUGGCAUGCCAGGGUUCAAAGGGGAGGGCCCUGAUGUGGAUAUAAAACUUCCUAAGGGAGAGGUGGAUAUUUCUGGGCCAAAGGUAGACAUAGAUACACCAGAUUUGAACGUUGAAGGUCCAGAGGGAAAGCUGAAAGGUCCCAAAUUUAAGAUGCCUGAAAUGCAUAUCAAUGUUCCUAAAAUCUCCAUGCCAGACAUUGAUUUGAAUUUGAAAGGUCCUAAACUGAAGGGGGAUGUGGAUGUUUCCGUACCAAAACUAGAAGGGGAUUUGAAAGGCCCAGAAGUUGAUAUCAAAGGUCCCAAAGUGGACAUAGACGCCCCUGAUGUGGAGAUUGAAGGUCCAGAUGGG